AUGAGAAUCACCUUGUGCUUAUUAGUCAUUUUAGCUGUUGCAAGUGCUACAACAAAAUUCAAUUUAGAUUAUUCUAAAAAAAGAUCUAUAACAGCUGUUUUAGCUGAAGUAGAAGCUAAAUUGAAGAACAAAUCACCACUUGAAGCAAUUUUAAAUGUUUUAAGAGAUUUCAGAGAUGCUGUCAAUACAGAAUAAGUCAGUCAUGAUGAAAUCUACAAUAUCUAACAAGUUGAAUGUGCUUCUGAAAAUUAAUUCAGAAGUGCCGAAGUCCAAGAUGCUAGCAAUGUUCUUAGAGACUCAACAGCUGCUCUAAAUGUUGCUUAAACAUCCAAAAUUAGAGCUACAAACCAAUAAGAAGUCAACCAAUAACAAUAUUUCUCAGCUCAAGAACACUUAACCUCUGUUUAAACUUCUGCUGAAGGUGAAGCUGGAUAUUUCAAGAAAAGAGGAAGAGAUUAUGAAGAUGCUCUCCAUGCCAUUGAUGAAGCUUCAGAUAUUUUGGCUUCCAUUUAUAGUGGAUCAGGAUCUUUCCUUGAAAUUAGUAGAGUUGCUAAAAGUAUGCUCCAAACAGCUUUUAGUAUCAAAGAAACGACCAGAUUUGCCCCAAUCUUCUAUGCAUUUGCUUAAUUGGCUACAUAAGAAGGAUAACUUGAUGAAUCAGCUCUUGAAAGAGUUGCUUAACUUUUGGAAACCUUAAGAGCCAAUAUCUAAGAAGCAUAUAAUGAUUAUGCUGAAUCAAAUGCUGUCUCAGUUGCAGCCUUCAAUGACUAAAAAGAAAGAUUAGGAUAAACAAUUGCCAGACUUGAAGCUUAAAAUGAAAGACUUUAAAAUAAAUUAGAUUCCUUGAAUUAAUAAAUUGGAUCCUAAUCAGCUAUUGCCUAAAGAGCUUCAGGAAAACUCUAAAGAAACCAAUAACUUUGGGAUUAAGCAUAAGCCUUAUGCUCAACUUUUGCAAAUGAAUACAAUUUUGCCACUUAAGCUAGAAGAAAUGAAAUUUAAUUGGUUGCUUAAUUAGAAGAACUCGUUGAAUCCAGAUUUAACUAAGUUGAAGAUGAAAACCAUGAAAGAAAUUAAAGAAUUGCUAGCCUUGCUUGA